AUGCUUCAGUUGUUUUAUUCUUUGAUUUCCACACCUCUUGCCCUUGUUGGCCGCCAUCUGUUUGAAAAAUGUCUGUUGAUGCCAAUUUUAUUAUUUAUUCAAUUAUAUUAUUUAUUCAAUAACAGAGUCUCUGAUAACCAAAGAGCUCAAGAUGCGAUUAACGUCACUUUAUUCCACUGGGGAAUUCACGGUUGGAUUGUCUAUGCGGUUGUGGGACUUGCACUGGGUAUGGUGUCUCACAGACAGGGAUUGCCAAUGACAAUACGUUCGUGCUUCUAUCCUCUUCUUGGUGACCGGAUCUUUGGCAUCAUGGGAGAUAUCAUCGAGAUAGUCGCAAUUGUAUCGACCAUGUUUGGCGUUUGUGCCAGUCUCGGUGCUGGAGCAAUGACCAUGAAUUCGGGUUUAAAUCAACUUAAUGAUUCCAUUGAAAUGAACACGGCCAACCAAACAAUUGUCAUCUGGGUAAUUACGUUCUUCGCCACCAUGUCUGUUGUGUCUGGUCUCAGGCUUGGCAUUCGUCGACUGAGUGAAAUCUGUUUCGUUCUUGGUAUAUUUAUCAUGUUAAUAAUCUUAUUCUGUGGCGAAACAUUCUUCCUCCUUAAUCUUUAUGUACAAAGCAUAGGCUACUACAUUCAAAAUGUAAUCCAGCUUGGCUUCCAUACUGAUGCCUACGCUCAACUGGGCAACGCUCCAGACAAGAAAGAAGAUCCUCAAUGGAUGCAUAAUUGGACCAUCGCAUACUGGGGAUGGUGGAUAUCAUGGUCACCGUUUGUUGGAAUGUUUAUUGCGAAGAUAUCUAAAGGAAGAACAGUACGAAAUUUCAUCAACUCCACCCUCACAGCACCCAUCAUGUUCACCUUUUUGUGGUUUGUCGUAGUUGGUGGUUCUGGUAUAAAUAUGGAACGUGAAGCAGCUCUAAAGGGCAUUGAAUGCGAUUCCCGUCUCGGUGGUGGAAACUCAACUGAACCACUCGAAGGAUUGUAUCGACUACAUUGUCGUGGACAAAGUCAAAUGUAUUUUGAUUUAAUCCAGCAAUAUGGCGGUGUCGUUGGAAAAUUCCUUCGGCUUCUUUCGUUGGUCAGCAUUCUCUUGUACUUCGUGACAAGUUCCGAUAGUGGCUCCCUCGUGAUUGAUUGUCUCUCGGCCAAUGGCAGUCCAGAUCCUCCGGUCACUCAACGUGUGUUCUGGGCGCUGACCGAAGGUGCUACUGCUACUGCCUUACUCACAGCUGGUGGGAAACGAGCUAUUGAUGCUGUCCUUGCUGCUGCCGUUGCUUCUGGUCUGCCAUUUGCCCCAAUCUUGUCCCUCCUCUGUGUCGCAUUGUGGAGAAUAUUUAAAUCCGAAUACGGCGAUGUCAACGACAACGAGAAGGAAUUCCAUGCUGGACUGCUCGAAGUUAUCGAUAAUCCAUCAACAAGAAACUGUCAACGAAUCUUACUCGCCAUCGUAGCUCCAUGGUGGCCUGCUGGCCGUGCCGCGGGGAAGCUCUACAACAAACAUCCAUGGCGGUACAUGCUUAUCAUGGCAGUAUUGUUCUACACAUGGUUCCUCCUAAUCAUGCUUUAUCAUGUUGAAGAAAACUUGAUGUUUGUCGGUUGGGCUGUUCUCUGUGGUUUCUUCGCAUACGUCGUGGGGAUACGAAGUUCGAUUCGACAGUUCAGUGGAAUUCAAGGUAACCUAGUAGAAGAUGCUUUGACGAUGCUAGUUUAUUUCCUUGCGGUUGAUCAAUUGGAUAAACACAUGUCCAUUGAACUAAGGCAGAAGAAGAAUGAUCCACAACCUCUGAUGGAGUUUAAUAACAAAAACAGCAGCAAUAGCAGCGCGGAGGAGAUCAAGAUAGAAAUGCCAAAUGAUUCCGAGGCUGGAAAGUGUUUAGUUCAAAACAACACAUACGUUUGA